AUGGUUAAUACAUAUCUGAUCAAUAGCCUCGGAAUUAUAGGUAACAUCAUAUCUUUUGGUUUGUUUCUUUCACCAGCACCUACGUUUUAUCAAAUCUAUAAAAAAAGAACAGUAGAGGAUUAUUCUCCAAAUCCUUACUUAGCUGCAGUUCUGAAUUGUGUACUGUGGGUUCUCUAUAGUUUACCUUUUGCUCAUCCACAUGGUGCUCUCAUCGCUACGAUAAACGCUAUUGGUUUCGUGAUUGAACUGACCUACGUUUGCAUGUUCUUCAAAUAUGCAACCGAGAAAGGAAGGCGUUAUGUAAUGUCAGUGUUUGCUGGUGUAGCUGUUUUCGGUGUUACAGCAAUACUGUUCAGUAUCCUAGUGGAGAACAGGUUCACAACAAUCGGAGUUCUGUAUGACGUUGUCAACGUAAUGACGUAUGCUAUGCCACUUGACAAUCUUCUUCAGGUUUAUGAAACAAAGAGCAGCCAGUAUAUGCCAAAGUACCUUUUACUUUUCAAUGCUCUCAAUGGUGGGUGUUGGUUUGCUUAUGCACUUGUCCGUUUUGAUAUCUAUUUAUUGGUGAGUAAUGGGUUGGGAUUGAUUCUUGGUUUAAUCCAAAUCGGAGUAUGGUGGUGGUACAGCAACUCAAAGCCAAAGGAGGAGGUAGACAAUGGAGAUUGGGUUGAUGUCUCUCAUUCUGUUCUCAAAGACUCGGUUAAGAAAGCUUGUUAG